AUGUCUGACGCCGGAGAAAUCGAAGUCGAGCAGCCCCAGGGCUACCCCGUCCUGCCCAAGGAUGUCGCCCAGGAGAUUGGCAGCGUCAAGCUGUUCAACAAGUGGACCUACGAGGAUGUCGAGAUCAGAGAUAUCUCUUUGACAGGAAGUAUCGGCACGCGCAAGCACUUAGCUGACCCUCAUACCUCAGCGNACUACAUCCAGAUCCGUCAGCCCGUCUACCUCCCCCACUCUGCCGGUCGUUACGCCCAGAAGAGAUUCCGCAAGGCCCAGUGCCCCAUCAUUGAGCGUCUCACCAACGCCCUCAUGAUGAACGGCCGCAACAACGGAAAGAAGAUCAUGGCCGUCCGCAUCGUCGCCCACGCCUUCGAGAUCGUGCGUACUUUUCCGAGUCGAUACCCGCGCCCCUCGGACAGGCUAACACUCCUUGCAGNNGUCCACAUCAUGACCGACCAGAACCCCAUCCAGAUCGCCGUCGACGCCAUCGUCAACUGCGGUCCCCGCGAAGACUCCACCCGUAUCGGUUCCGCCGGUACCGUCCGUCGCCAGGCCGUCGAUGUCUCUCCCCUCCGCCGUGUCAACCAGGCCAUUGCCCUCCUGACCAUCGGUGCCCGUGAGGCCGCUUUCCGCAACAUCAAGUCUGUUGCCGAGUGCCUCGCUGAGGAGCUCAUCAACGCCGCCAAGGGUUCUUCCAACUCGUACGCCAUCAAGAAGAAGGAUGAGCUCGAGCGUGUCGCCAAGUCCAACCGAUAA